UUGGCCAGUGUGUUUGCCGGCAUCGGAUUCGGCAACGCAGGAGUUCACCUGUGCCAUGGCAUGUCCUACCCCAUAGCUGGGAAUGUGAAGACCUACAAAGCUAAAGAGUACAAUGUGGACCAUCCUGUUGUGCCUCAUGGUCUGUCGGUGGUGGUGACGUCUCCAGCUGUGUUCUCCUUCACCGCCAGCAUGUGUCCAGAGCGCCACCUAGAGGCAGCUGAAAUACUGGGGGCUGAUGUCAGUAAUGUGAAGAGGGCUGAUGCUGGCCUCGUCUUGGCUGAUACACUCAGGAGCUUCCUCUACGACCUGCAGGUGGAUGAUGGGUUGUCAGCAUUGGGAUACGGAACCAAUCAGGGGCGUAUCCGACGGGGGGGAUGCACGCACUAA